CUCUCUCAGUACGGGAGCCGAGUGGGGACCGGCUGGUUACGCAGCGGCCGUGGGUCUCCACACCCGAGAGUAUGGCGGCUGGGCUUGCACCGGAGAGCGGAGACGUGCCAGCGACGGUGAAGGAGAAACAAAGAGACGCAAGUUCUGUAAUGAAGUGGCGCAACACUUUGAGCUCGUGCCGUUUCUCCGCGGCGGACUCCUGCUAGGAAUCCGGUGCCUGUGGUUCAUUGUCGGGGCUCACCCAGCGAUUUCCCUCCCCGGUGUCCUCGACGGCGCAAGUUUGUUUUUUUCUCCUCCCCGACGCGCUAGAGAGGAGCGAGCCCAGCAGAUGAGAACCCGCACGGUCCACAUCGUCGGGCGCUCCCGUCCCUCCUCCUCCUCCUCCUCCUCCUCCUCCUCCUCCCUGUGCGCGUUUCGGGACAACAGCCGUCCUCGGGCGCUCGUGUUGCGGUCAGUGUCUGGCCUGCAUGGGGGCAAUUUUCUACAAUGAAAUCCAUCUUGGGGCAGCCGUGUCUUUGUGCUCUGCCGUAGCCGAGCAGCGGCGAGCAGGACCGUGUCCGUGACAACCCGCCCGACCCGGGACACGGAUGGUGACCGUGAUUCGCGCGAGGGGGUUCGACUCCUUCACGACUUGAUUUAAAUCCCACGAUGCGCGAGUACAAAGUGGUGGUGCUGGGCAGCGGCGGGGUCGGGAAAUCCGCCCUCACCGUGCAGUUUGUCACCGGGACGUUCAUCGAGAAGUACGACCCCACCAUAGAGGACUUCUACCGCAAGGAGAUCGAGGUGGACUCCUCGCCGUCGGUGCUGGAGAUCCUCGACACCGCCGGCACCGAGCAGUUCGCCUCCAUGCGGGACCUCUACAUCAAAAACGGCCAAGGAUUCAUCCUGGUCUACAGCCUCGUCAACCAGCAGAGCUUCCAGGACAUAAAGCCGAUGAGGGAUCAGAUCAUAAGAGUGAAAAGGUACGAGAAGGUUCCCGUGAUCCUGGUGGGGAACAAGGUGGACCUGGAGAGCGAGCGGGAGGUGUCGUCCAGCGAAGGACAGGCCCUGGCCGAGGAGUGGGGCUGCCCGUUCAUGGAGACGUCGGCCAAGAGCAAAACCAUGGUAGACGAACUGUUUGCAGAGAUUGUUCGGCAGAUGGACUACGCCGCCCAGCCAGACAAGGAUGACCCCUGCUGCUCCUCUUGCAAUAUACAAUAGCCCCCGGGGGCCUCGAGGAAAAAGGGCCAGGCAGAAAGUCUACUUAGAGGAAGCUACUGCGACUACACGGCAGAGAGACACACACUUGGACACACACACACACACACACACACACAUGCACACGCCAAUUAAACGGAAGAUAAAUUCAUGGUUGAACGCAGCGGAUGUUAACUCUAUGGAGCAUAAAAUCUGCACUGACAUGAUUAUUAAUAACGACAUCUGAGUAAUGAAUACGUUUUGGAUGAGGAACGCCAGGAAUUUUUCGCUGCAAGAGAAAAUUGACAAAUGAGAAAAAGGAACCGUGCCCUCGCCUUAUGUUACUCUGUUUUGUUUUCAACCUUUUCUUCAGCAAAGAGUCACUGAUCAGGAGCUCUUCACUCAAGGUUUCUAAGCAUUCUGAUAUAAAUGACUGAGAAAAAAAAAAGUUUCCUGCUGGUUUCGUCGGUUUCGCACAAAAACACCAAGAGGCUUUUUUUGGGGGGUUUAUUUGUUUUACAUGACUUUUUGCAAGUAGCUACCGUACACCGACCCAAUAACGGAUUCCUGCGAUCUGGUUGUGUCAAACAUUGAGGAGUAUUUGAGUUACAGUGUGUAAACUUUUGUCUCCCAGCUUUGGUUUUGUAGUGCUUGGUGGGAGGUCUUUUUCUACUCAUCACAGGGCUGAACCAAAGAGGUGAAACUGAAAGCACCUCCAUUUUCUUAUAUAGAUAUUUUUUUUUUCCAGCCGUUUGAAAAUGGUAGAUAAGUCGGUGUCUUUCUUGAAGCGUCCGGCGCCGUCAUUUCUUCCCUAUAUUCUCUCACUUUGAGAUUUAAUCGUAAACGUAUAGCAGAGUCACAUAUCGUGUGAUGAUUUGUGGGUUUUCCCUCUCUGGGAAGUCUCGGACAGCGGACUGCUGAUUAGUAGUAUAAGCAACUGCUUCAUCCUGAUGGGACAAAGAGUUCAUCUCUUUCAGUGUUUGAAUAUCUCUACAGACGAUCCCUCUGAACUCUUUGCAAGAACGGGUGACAUUUAAAGUGAACGAUGCCAACAUUUGUCAUCCUUUACAUAUUCUCUCCUCUGGUACCGGUAUGAACUGGGUCGCUCUCACGUUUGCUCAAGAGCAUUCAGAUCCACCGUAAGACGUAGUGACGUCAAAGGCGACGACACUCAGAAUAAUAAAUGGUAGUGUAAAUAUUUUGUAUUGAAAGGGCCAGCUCCUGUGAAGACACUGACUCGACACGUGGAAUUUGUCAACUGUAUGCAUGGCUAGUGAGCAGAAACAGAAAAAAAAAAAAGGACUCUUAUUGUUUGAGAUAAAUAUAGGCUGUGGAAAUGUGCAAACCAAACACGUACACGACUGGAUCCGGACAUUGUCUCAAGUGUACAUCUACUGUAUGUUGCCACGGGAACCAGACUCUCUCCGUGUGACCAUUUUCAUUGUUGAUUUUAUAUUUUUUUAUGUGACCAUGUACUCUUCAUCCCCUCUCCGAAUGGUGACACUGUUACAUUUGACACCUCGACAAUAAAAGUGCGUUCAACACUCAAA